ACCGAGGAGUGGGUUGUGGCUAGAGGACCUUCACUCAGGUAAGGGAGGAGCUUGGAGGACUGUCGUAACCGUGAAGGCGAAUGAAGAUCUGAGCGAGGAGUAGGAGGGCUUACUGGUCGCUCCAUCCCUCAGCUUGCCGGUCAGUCAGGUGCCUUAGGAUGCGCUGUUGGAGCGUCAACCUGUGGUGGAGCCAACAGUGGUUAAGCCGGAUGCGGCUCUGGCAGGAAGGCCGGGCGCCGCCGCCGCUGCCCCCCCAUAGAGGGCGUUAUUCCGCUCCCGGCAUCAGCCGCUGAUCAGCCGCAUGAGCUCUAGGCGGCUCCUCACGCGGGCAGCGCCUCACCCCUUAUGGAGGAGCCUUUCCUUCCUUCUCCUCUCCCCGCAUGGAGCCAUUCCCAGUCUGCAGUCCGCGCCGUCCCACUCACCCUCCGCUGCUGGGGGAAGGAGAUUAUGAAGAAGAAGGGACGGCGGCGAGCUGGACAACGGCGGCGCCCGGAGCGGUCUCGUGUGGCGGCGGCGGCGGCGGCGGCACCGGCCUCUGGACCGCCGUCUUCGAAUACGAGGCGUGCGGCGAAGACGAGCUGAACCUCCGCCCGGGCGACGUGGUGCAGGUGCUUUCGCAGGACUCUCAAGUGUCCGGCGAUGAAGGCUGGUGGACGGGCCAGAUUGACCAGCGCGUCGGCAUCUUCCCGAGCAACUACGUGACCAGCAGUUGCAGCAGCAGUCGCCGGCUCUGCCUCCGCCAAGGGAGCGCCGCGGAGCUCCAGUCCCGCUACUCGCAGACCCCCGCCAUACAGUUACAAGAGAUUGACUUCUCAGAGCUGGUUCUGGAGGAAAUAAUUGGAAUUGGAGGCUUUGGGAAGGUCUAUCGUGCAAUUUGGCUUGGAAAUGAAGUUGCUGUCAAGGCAGCUCGGUAUGAUCCAGAUGAAGACAUCAGUGAGGCUAUUGAGAAUGUCCAUCAAGAAGCCAAGCUCUUUGCUAUGCUAAAACACCCCAACAUAAUUGCUCUUAAAGGUGUAUGUUUAAAGGAACCUAACCUUUGCUUAAUCAUGGAAUUUGCCCGUGGAGGGUCAUUAAAUAGGGUGCUUUCUGGUAAAAGAAUCCCACCAGACAUACUGGUGAACUGGGCUGUCCAGAUUGCUGGAGGAAUGAACUAUCUGCAUGAUGAAGCCAUUGUUCCUAUUAUACACCGGGAUCUGAAGUCCAGCAACAUAUUGAUACUCGAGAAAGUGGAAAAUGGAGACCUAAACAAUAAGAGCUUGAAGAUCACAGACUUUGGCUUGGCCAGAGAAUGGCAUAAGACAACCAAAAUGAGUGCGGCUGGGACAUACGCCUGGAUGGCUCCUGAGGUCAUCCGUUCCUCCAUGUUCUCUAAAGGCAGCGAUGUGUGGAGCUAUGGUGUGUUGCUUUGGGAACUACUAACUGGUGAAGUACCAUUUCGAGGAAUUGAUGGCUUAGCAGUAGCAUAUGGUGUUGCCAUGAAUAAACUUGCCCUUCCUAUUCCUUCAACUUGCCCAGAACCUUUUGCCAGACUGAUGGAAGAUUGUUGGAAUGCUGACCCUCAUUCAAGGCCCUCUUUUGCCAAUAUUUUAAACCAUCUAACCAAUAUUGAGGAGUCUGGUUUUUUUGAAAUGCCAAAGGAUUCUUUCCAUUCCCUUCAAGAAGAUUGGAAAGUUGAGAUCCAGGAGAUGUUUGACCAACUCAGGGCUAAAGAAAAGCUGCGGACAUGGGAAGAAGAAUUAACCCGAGCAGCAGUCGAGCAAAAGAACCAUGAAGAAUUUCUGCGGCGACGGGAGCAGGAGCUGGCAGAGCGAGAGAUUGACAUCUUGGAAAGAGAACUCAACAUAAUCAUCCACCAACUGUGCCAGGAGAAGCCCCAUGUGAAAAAACGCAUGGGCAAGUUCAGAAGAAACCGGCUGAAGCUGAAAGAUGGCAAUUGCAUCAGUCUCCCUUCUGAUUUCCAGCACAAAUUCACUGUGCAGGCAUCUCCAACCAUUGAUAAAAGGAAAAGCUUGAUCAGUAGCUGCUCCAGCCCUCCCGCCAGUCCUACCAUCAUUCCCAGGCUCAGGGCUAUCCAGUUAACUCACUGUGAAAGCAGCAAAACAUGGGGACACAACUCUCUAUCCCAGAAGGAGGAAGGUGAAGAAGAAAAAAGAGGCCAAAAGAAGAGAGGUCGCACAUGGGGGCCAAGUUCACUUUGUCACAAGGAGCUAACAGCAGACGAGGAUGGAUUGAAGUCCCUGGCAGAUGGAUCCAAACAGUGGUCAUCCAGUGCACCAAAUUUAGGAAAGGUCCAGAGACCAACAGUCAUUUUUCCAGGAUUUACAAGCCUAGCAGAGAUGGAGAAUGAAGACAGUGAUUCUUUAAAAAAUGGAGAGAACAAAAUGCACCAAUCACCUGGGUCAAACCAAUCAUACCUCUGCAUCCCAUUUCAGAAAAAUGAGGACUGGGAUGGCCAAUCCAGUGAUGCCAAUGAGGAGAACACUCCUAUGAACUCUACUACAAGCACCCCUCAACUCACUCCCACCAAUAACCUCAAACAUAGAGGUUCCCAGCAUAAACGAUGUGAGCUUGCCUUUCUUGGCUGUGGGGCUGUGCUAGCAGCAGCUGGCCUAGGCUUUGAUCUCUUGGAAGCUGGCAAGUGCCAGCUGCUAACCCAGGAUGAGCUGGAUGCCCCCAAGGAAGAAAAGAAGAAACGUGAUAGUAUAUUCCAGCGGGCUGGACAUUCCCGUUGGAGCACCAGCCCACCUUCAAGGAAGCUCUUCAAGAAAGAGGAGCCCGCAUCAUUGCUGGGCAAGCCAUCCAACUCCUUGACCCUUCUCUCUUUGUCUUCCAUUUCUGAAUGUAACUCCACCCACUCCCUGUUACGCUCGGACAGCGAUGAGAUUGUGGUGUACGAGAUGCCUGACAGCCCAGUAACAGUGAAGACUCCCUUGCCAGUAGUUAGUAACCCACUGGUUAAUAUCCGUGUUGAAAGAUUCAAGCGAGAUCCCAAUCAAUCCUUGACUCCCACACAUGUGACUCUUUCUUCUGAAGCUCGGCAAGAAGGGCACAGACGCACUCCCUCUGAUAGUGCCAUAAGAGUGACUAGUCUUCUUGCCAAUGAAUGCCCUUCAAGUAAUUCUCCUACAGGAACAUUAGGAUCAGGUGUAUUAAAAAUUCCCAGUCCAAGCCAGGGUCCAAAUGAAGUCCCUCGUCUGCCAGACCCCAACCUCAUCUUUCCUCCAACCCUCAGGCGCUAUAAUUCUCAGCAAGACUCCAUGCUGGAGAGACCCAAGACCUUGGAAUUCCUACCUAGGCCACGCCCUUCAGCUAACAGGCAGCGAGUUGACCCCUGGUGGUUUGUAUCUCCCAGUAAUGCUAGGGGUGAGUCUUCUGCUAAUACCUCCAGUACUGAAACUCCCAGUAACUUAGACUCCUGCUUUGCCAGCAGUAGCAGCACUGUUGAAGAGAGGCCUGCACUGCUUCCUAUUGACAUCAGACUGCCUAAAGAGGAGCGGACAUUGUUGGACAUGGAUGUUGAAGGUCAGAGCCAGGACAGCACCAUGCCGCUGUGCAGAACUGAACUCAGAAAACAUAAAUCUGCAGCAUAUGAACUCAAACAAGAGUUCUGGUCCUAGCAUGAAAUCAACAUGGGGUUGGUAAGCUCCUUCAGAUUCAGUUCUACUUCUUGCACUAAGAAUGCACUUUGAAGACAGGUGAAGCUGAGAGAUGCUGCUGAGGUCACAUCCAAGUGCUAUGUCCACCACAGAUACAGUAUUUGGGUACCCAACUUUUUAUAGCUGCAUGUAGCUAAGCUACACAGAGCUGCUGACUCUUUACAUGGAGUUUCCUGUAGUCUUCCUUGUCUUUUCAUGACAAUGUUAAACUGCAACAAGCAAUGUGGUGCAUCUAAACCUCCGUUGUUGACCUUCAAGAAUUCUGAUACCCUAUAUCGUUAUGGGUUUUGUAAUAACCUCAAUACCAGCAUUGUUAAUGCAAUGAUAAACAGUGUUUGUUUACACUGUUAGGAUACAGGAAUAUAUAUAAAGGUUUAAGGGUGUCUGAACCAGCGCUCUUGUUGCAUUUCAUUUUGCUUUUAUCCCUUGAUGUCCCAGGGCAAAUGUUAGCUUCUUUUUGGUAUGCAUAUGGUUUCUCCUCCUAGAAUUGACUGCUAGGAGGGUAGGGCCUUGAUAACACCCAUAGAAUCUAUCAGACAAUGACCCAUAGAAUCUAUCAGACAUACGAUUUGUGCUGAAAAAAGGAGGCGUCGCCAGUUUUUUUAUUCUUGAAAGUAAAUGUUUUAGAAAAAUGGAUGCCAGGGUACAAUGGUGCAAAUUGAUUGGUGUGGGGUUGAGCUCUGAUAGUGGAGAAUCAGGGAUGGAACGAUGUGAAAUAUUUGCCCACACCAGUAAUGAAGGAAAAUGCAUAAACAUUAGACGCAGGCUGUUUGUACAACCAGAAGUUGUGA